GAAUCAGAUUUACACCUUCAACAAAAACACAUUCUUCUUCUUUUCCUGUAUCGUCUUUCUACCCUAGCCAUGUCUUCUUCCAAAGAUGCAGACCCAACCCUAGGUUACCUCACUCGAAAAGAUACCGAAGUCAAGCUUCCACGUCCAACUAGGGUUAAGAACAAAACCCCCGCUCCAAUUCAAAUCACAGCGGAGCAGAUUCUCCGCGAAGCUAGGGAGCGUCAAGAAGCUGAGAUCCGUCCUCCAAAGCAGAAAAUCACCGAUUCAACAGAACUCGGCGAGUAUCGUCUCCGGAAAAGAAAGGAAUUCGAGGAUUUAAUCCGGAGAGUUCGGUGGAAUGUCAGUGUUUGGAUUAAGUAUGCACAGUGGGAAGAGUCGCAGAAAGAUUUUACACGUGCACGUUCGGUUUGGGAACGAGCAUUGGAAGUUGAUUAUAAGAAUCAUACUUUGUGGUUGAAGUAUGCUGAAGUUGAGAUGAAGAAUAAGUUUAUUAACCAUGCGAGGAAUGUUUGGGAUCGCGCUGUUACUCUUUUGCCACGAGUGGAUCAGUUGUGGUAUAAGUAUAUUCAUAUGGAGGAGAUGCUUGGCAAUGUUGCGGGGGCGAGACAGGUUUUUGAGAGAUGGAUGAAAUGGAUGCCGGAUCAGCAAGGAUGGCUAUCUUAUAUAAAAUUUGAGCUGAGAUAUAAUGAGAUUGAACGAGCUAGAGGGAUUUUCGAGAGAUUUGUAUUGUGUCAUCCUAGGGUUGGUGCUUGGAUACGUUAUGCGAAGUUUGAGAUGAAGAAUGGCGAGGUUCCUAAGGCGAGGAAUGUUUAUGAAAGAGCGGUGGAGAAGCUUGCGGAUGAUGAGGAAGCUGAGCUGCUUUUUGUGGCUUUUGCGGAGUUUGAGGAAAGGUGUAAGGAGGCUGAGCGGGCGAGGUGUAUUUAUAAAUUUGCACUUGAUCAUAUUCCGAAGGGGAGGGCUGAGGAUUUGUAUCGGAAGUUUGUGGCAUUUGAGAAACAGUAUGGUGAUAGGGAAGGGAUUGAGGAUGCUAUUGUUGGGAAGAGAAGGUUUCAGUAUGAAGAUGAAGUGAGGAAAAAUCCGUUGAAUUAUGAUUCAUGGUUUGAUUAUAUAAGAUUGGAAGAGAGUGUUGGGAAUAAGGAAAGAACUAGGGAGGUUUAUGAGAGAGCUAUAGCCAAUGUUCCUCCUGCUGAGGAGAAGCGAUACUGGCAGCGCUAUAUUUAUUUGUGGAUUAAUUAUGCACUCUAUGAAGAACUCGAUGCUGGAGACAUGGAGCGAACAAGAGACGUGUACAAGGAGUGUCUCAACCAGAUACCUCACCAGAAGUUCUCAUUUGCAAAGAUAUGGCUUCUAGCAGCCCAGUUUGAAAUACGUCAGCUGAAUCUCACAGGUGCUCGUCAAAUAUUAGGGAAUGCUAUUGGAAAGGCUCCUAAAGAUAAGAUAUUUAAGAAGUAUAUAGAGAUAGAACUGCAGCUUGGUAAUAUAGAUAGAUGCAGAAAACUAUAUGAAAAGUAUUUGGAGUGGUCACCUGAAAAUUGCUAUGCAUGGAGCAAGUAUGCAGAACUAGAGAGAUCUUUAGCUGAGACUGAACGAGCUAGAGCAAUAUUUGAGCUUGCAAUUGCCCAACCAGCAUUGGACAUGCCUGAGUUGUUGUGGAAGGCAUACAUUGAUUUUGAAACUGCCGAGUGUGAAUUUGAGAGAGCAAGAGCGCUUUAUGAAAGGCUUCUUGAUCGAACAAAGCACUUGAAGGUAUGGCAGAGCUAUGCAGAGUUUGAAGCAACAGCUAUAGAUGAGAGUUUAGAAUUAUCGGAACAAGAACAAAAGGAGCAGUGCCUUCAGCGUGCGAGAAAGGUGUUUGAGGAUGCUCUAAACCACUUCAGAUCAUCAGCUCCGGAUUUAAAAGAAGAAAGGGCAAUGCUAUUAGAGAAAUGGCUCAACUUGGAGGCUUCAUCUGGGGAGCUAGGUGAUGUCAGCUUAGUCCAGUCUAAGCUGCCCAAGAAGCUCAAGAAGAGAAGACAAGUUUCUACUGAAGAUGGUUCUUCUAGAAUCGAAGAAUUUAUCGACUAUCUAUUCCCUGAGGAAACGCAUACAACCAAUCUCAAGAUCAUGGAAGCUGCUUACAAAUGGAAGAAGCAAAAAUUGUCUAAUGAAUAAGAGUAUCUUGUAGCUUGGCAUGAUUCCAUUCUUUUAUAACCCGGCAAAUACUGUAGCUUAAGUUAAGCAGCUAAGUCAAUUUUGGGUUAUUAAAGUUUGUAACAGAAAUGUAGUUUCUUAUUUAAGAAAAAGUACGCAACAGAGAACAACAUUUGAGAUAAAUCUGCUUUCCUAAAAUUGUGAAAUGAAAGGUCGGUACCAAAAGUCAAUCAUUGAGUGUACAUAUGUUCAUAACUACAACUUUUACUGUGUUACAUGUUUAGAUUCUAAACACCUGAUUUUUUUGCUGGUUGA